AUUUCAUUUGCAGUGAAUCUCAAAUUGUUACAGUGUUAAAAACAUAAAGAAAUGUUAUCAGCUCUCUGUUUUAGUCCAAAAUGUUUGCUAGCAGGCAGGGCCAGCCCAAGCCUUUAUGGGGCCCUGAGCAGAAUUUGAUUUGGGGGCCCCCAAUCACCUCGGCACCUCCAAAAUUGUUGACUAUUGUCAAUGCUUGAUCAUUUGCAUGCUUACUAUAAAUCCAACACACCCAUUAUCAAUUUUAUUAGUUGUAGCUGUGUUGCUUACAUCAUACCAAUGUCAGCCUGGCAUGUUUUUACCCCUCUAUGGUUUUUAAUUUUAAAAGGUAGCAAACUCACAAGAGUGGUCUGGUGAUGAUUUGCACUUUAAUAUUAUUCAAAGUGAUACAGUACUAUGUGGCAUACUGAACAUGGUGUACUGAAAAGUAACAAAACAAAUCAGCAGAUAAUGCAUUUACUGUAAACAAGUUAACCACUUUAAUUACUUUUUGGUUUAAAGAAUUGCAACAUGCAAAAGUGCAGAACAACAGUCAACUACAUUUAGAAUCAAAUAGCUUUGUUAAACAGAACCUCAAUCAGUAAAGUUUCCUUCUUGUAUAAAAAAAUAUAUUCAAAUGUACAGACAAUAUUAAAUAAAUACUUAAAUAAUGACAUAAAAUGAAGAGAGGAACCUGUAACAAGAUAACAAUCAUGGUUCAAGAAUAAAAUAUAAAGCUGCAUAAUUAUUUUUGAACACUAUGUACAGAUGUGCAAAAGGUACAGAAAAAUGAGAAAAAAAUCCAAAAUAAACUACUUAAAUUCAGAUAUUUUUUAUGAUGAAAGCUCCAACCAACAAAUUGUCAAUUUCAAUCAUACAGUUGACUGUAUAAACCUAUAGUUUUCAUUGGCCAGCCCGUUAGCAUCAUGUUGCGUUUUUGUAUGAUUAUCACUGACAUAAUAUAUCACAAAGAAAGAAGAUUUCAGGCUGUCUUGUGGGACAUCUCAAGCGCUCUUGGGGGCCCUCUGGUGGCGACUGGGGUCCCAAGUAGGCGUUUGGUUGACUUAUGCAACGGACCGGUCCUGCCAGGAGGAUUUGAACCACUUGCUCUUUGGCAAACCAGCUACUAGAUUACAAGGACAGAUAUAGUUAGGAGAAAAGAUAAAAGGAAAGAUUUUAUAGGUUAAUUUCUUCACUGUCUUUAAUUUGAUACCUCAGCUGAAAGCAGCGAAGGCUUGACACAGUCCACAAUGGUGAAUAUCAUUUUGGUGAUUUGCAGCAAGCCCCCAAAUGUUAAAAAACAAUAAAUUAUUAUAAAAGCAUGACACAGUCAAUAUAUCCAAACAGAACAUCAAGUAGAGUGCACUGCACACAGUAUAUUGUAGUUUUUUUAAUGAUCCAUAAGUGAUUAGGUCUGUUUUAUUUGUAUUCUGAAUUAGAAAGACAGUUAGAGAAUAUAUUGAAAACUCCCCAUUCACCUCUUAGUUUGAACCUGUUAUAAUAAGUAUGUUGUGCUUUUCAAACUACUAGUGAUAUGUGGAAUCUAUAAACUGGAUCAAAUUUGUACAAGAAGCAAUAAUCCUUUGUUGACAAAACAUGAAAGUCAGUGCGUUCAUUGGCAGACAACAUUUACCGAGCUCCUCUUGACCUUCAGAAGUCUAUGGGAAAGAUGUUUGUUGAUGGGUAAAAGGGCUCAAACGUUUGUGCAAAAUUUAAUACCACCUGAUGGUGGUAUUAAAGGGAAUUGUUGUAAAUGUGCACACAGUAUACUGUAAGUUCAAAAGAGUCUUUUGAUCAUGCUUAGGGAGAUGCAGAGACAAGAUUAUUUUCGCAUCAGCCAUCAGAGGUAUUUCAAAGUUCAUUCAUUAUCGUUAAGAUUGCAACAACUUUGUGGGAGAGGAAGAAAAGAAAUAAUAAAAUAUUUCCUCACAAAACUAAGAAUAUAAAGCAGUUUGUGUGUAAUUAAAAUUUGAAAAUUUUGUUGUGACAUAGAAAACAGUUCACAAUUACAGGCCUGAGUGUGAGCUGGAUUUUUGACUCUAUCACCCUAAAAUAUUACCUGCUUUUCUCGAACUGACCUCUAUUAACACAGUAAAAAUGAAGAAAAAUGAACAAAGUGUAUUAAAAAAACAAAAAACAAAGCACCUUUGACGCAAAUCAGAAAUGACCUGGAAUGGCUACGUACAGUGUGUUGACCAAAUUUGUCGGUCUCCUGGAAGUUUGUCCAAAAUUGCUGAAGCUAUAAUAAAGAAGCUUUUAUACCACAGAGGAACUGCUUUCACUAUAUUAUAAAGUCAUAUUUCUUAUAUGAAAAAACUCCAUUGAAUGCUUUUUAACAAAUCUAGAAAGUAAACAUUUUAUUCUGCAGAGAGUGAUUCCAACAGAUAUUAACAUUUCAAACAAUGUAAAAUAAACCAUGUAUAUAACGUUUUGCCAUUGGAGUUCUUUCAUAUUCCACCUCUUUGUAUAAAUUUCUAGUGACAGUGGUUAAAUGUCAGAAAUAUUUCCAGUCAGAUAUUUCAGAGCAUUUGCAGCUGUCAAUAAAAUACAGGAGGUAUUAUUUAACAUUGCUGUAUCAGUGUCCAGAGCUCUGCUCUGAGGACACCGCUGCCUUCACUGUUCCAGCAUGUGUUUGAUACAGAGUCAUCAUCAGACUGGAACAAAGGCAAAUCAAACAGCACCAUGCCAUUUUGCUGAUAUGUAAAUCUACCUCAUUUGGGUAUCAAAGACUUGCCACACUCUGCACAUUUUGUUUAUCGAUAAAUACUUUGAUGGGGCUGCAGCAAAGAAUGAGUUUUACAGGGCAUCCAAAUGGGGAAGAUAACAUUUUUUGAGGAGAAAAAAUUCCAGGGCCGCUGCUACAAUUGCAGCAGCGACUGCGCCGACCUGAACACAUAUUUCAGCCGCUGCAACUCCAUCCGGGUGGAGAGCGGUGUGUGGGUGAUCUAUGAGAGACCCAACUACAAGGGUUUCCAGUACAUCCUCAGUCCUGGGGAAUAUGCCGACAACCAGCAGUGGAUGGCCUUCAGUGACAGCGUCAAAUCCUGCCGCACCAUAAAGAAUGUUUAUGGCAGCGCGUGGAAGCUGAGGCUGUACGAGAGGCCAGACUUUGGAGGGCAGAUGGUCGAGUGCUCUGACGACUGUCCUUCAGUGUACGAUACUUACAAGCUGCGUGAGGCUUACUCCUGUGUGGUGACCGAUGGCGCCUGGGUGUUCUACGACCUGCCCAACUACAGGGGGCACCAGUACCUCCUAGAGCGGGGCGAGUACAGGCAGCACGGCGACUGGGGGGCGUCCUCACCUGGUGUCGGCUCCUUCCGCAGGAUCACAGAGUUUUAACUCUUAGCUUUGACCAGAAAUUGAUUGAGCUUUCCAGAUGCCCAAACUGAUAUGAAACAAUAAAUAAACAAGAAGCAAACUCUGACUGUGUUAUUGUGGAUUUUCUGUUAAUAUGUCUCAUGGUUGACCAGUUAGUUUGGAAGACUAUAGCAGCAGUGGUAGCUAAUAAGGCUAA